AUGGAUCACGCACACAUGGACCACAGCGGCAUGAGCCACAGUGGAAUGGACCACGGAGAUAUGGAUCAUGGACACGGAGGAGGCAUGAAGGAUAUGUGCAGCAUGAACAUGCUGUUCACUUGGGACACCACCAAUCUCUGUAUCGUCUUCCGCCAAUGGCACGUUCGCUCGACAACCUCCCUCUUCUUCUCUCUCGUCGCUGUGAUUUUCCUCGCCGUCGGCUACGAAGCUCUCCGUUCCCUCUCGCGACAGUACGAAGAAGCCCUCGAUAAUCGCGUUCGAGCCGCACCCAGUCUUGAUGUUCCCGUUACUGAGUCGACUCCCAUCCUUGCAGGACAAUCCCAAGGACAGGCCGAUCAGCGUGCUCACCUCAUCAAGGCUGUCUUAUACGGCCUACAGAACUUUUACGCGUUCAUGCUCAUGCUCAUUUUCAUGACGUACAACGGCUGGGUUAUGGUUGCUGUUUCUCUCGGCGCAUUUCUUGGAUAUCUAUUCUUUGGAAAGCGAACUUCUGCUACCAAGGAUAACGCAUGCCAUUAA